AACAUCUCGUCAUCACCGGAGGAAUCUCAUAACUUCAACGAGUGCUGCAACUUAGUUUCGACUUAAGAUCGGCAACAAUCACUGAAGAACGAUGAGACUAAUCUGCUGCCUCCUGGCGGUCACUGUGGCCUUUGCCUCCGCGCAGACUGUGCCCAAUUUCAAAAAUGGGCGAAAGGUCAUAGUUCACCUGUUUGAAUGGAAGUGGACGGACAUCGCCGCUGAAUGUGAACGUUAUCUUGGAAUGUAUGGCUUUGCUGGGGUACAGAUUUCUCCUCCCAAUCAGCACAACGAAGUCUGGACACCAUGGCGCCCAUGGUACGAGCGUUACCAACCCAUUGGGUAUGGUUUGGACAGCCGAAGCGGGAGCGAGUCAGAGUUUGCGGACAUGGUUCGACGAUGUCGAGAUGUCGAUGUCCUAAUCUACGUCGAUGCCGUCAUCAAUCACAUGGCAGCAUUUGAUUAUUACUUCCCGCUCGUUCCUUACCACAGUACUGACUUCAACGUUCCAAGUGGUAAUUGCAAGACCGGAAACGACAUGAACUAUGGGGACGCAGACAGCGUAAGAAACUGCGACUUGGUUGGUCUGAACGACCUCCGUUUCGGAGCCCAAUGCGACUAUUAUACCAACAACAAAGUUAUCGAGUAUCUUAACAAGAUGAUCGAUUAUGGUGUUGCCGGUUUCAGGAUCGAUGCUGCCAAGCACAUGUGGCCCGGUGACCUGUGGGAUAUUGUUGGAGGACUUAAGAACACAUGGGAUGGCAGCAGACCCUAUGUAUACCAGGAGGUUAUUGAUCGCUCAGGAAGCGAGGCUGUUUCAAGCAAUGAGUACACCGGCAUCGGCGAUGUCACCGAAUUCAAAUAUUGCGAUAAGAUAGUAGGCAUCGGUCGUGGCAACAAUUUGGCCAAGUAUUUUAGUAACUUCGGAGAAGCGUGGGGUAUGAUGAACACCGAUUGCGCCUUCGUAUUCGUUGAUAACCAUGACAACCAGCGCAGCCACGGAGGCGGUGGCGACAUCCUAACCUACAAGGAGUCGACACCCUACAAGAAAGCCCUGGCUUUUGGUAUGGCGUGGGAUUACGGCACCUUCCGCAUCAUGAGCAGUUUUGAAUUUUCCGACCCCGACUCAAGCCCACCGGCUAACAAGGACGGAUCUACCCAGUCACCCUACAUCAAUCCUGAUAGUACAUGCAGCGGGGGCUGGGUCUGUGAACAUCGCUGGCGACAAAUCCGCAACAUGGCGUGCUUCCGUAAUGCAGCUGGUUGGGAGCCUGUGCAGAACUUUGUGGACAACGGUAACAACGCAAUCGCCUUCUCCCGAGGAAGCCGCGCCUACUUUGCGCUCAACAACGAGGGGUACACAGUAACCGGAGACGUUUACACCGGUCUUCCUGCUGGCGAGUAUUGUGACGUCAUUUCCGGUGACCCAACGAAUUGGGGUUGCUCCGGAAAGACUGUCACUGUGAAAAGCAACGGUAGGGCCUGGCUUAGCGUCGACCCAGGCGAAGAUUCAAUGGUUGCAUUUCACAUCGGGGCUAAGGCCGGAAGCGGUAGUGGAUGCAGGUGGUAGAAUCAGGUUUCAUCAGGGGAGUAUUCCAUGAAAGGACUUGUCAGACAUUUUAUCCGACAAGUCCAGAGCUCCAUAACACAAAGGUUUGCAAUCAAUCGCUAAAUUCCAAUGACCAAUCAAGAUCAUCGUUGCAUGCGUACUCUGUUUGAAGUACUGACCGGGACCCAAUCAGUGCGGUUCUUUCGUAUUUGCAAUUCAUCGCUAACCAUUGUGUUACGGAACCCUGGUUUAUCUGGCAGUUACCAUAGUAGCUAGUGGUUCUCAGUGAAUUGAAUGCAGGUAAAGUUGUCAGAUCUGACAACCUGUCGGGUGAAAAUGUUGAUGAAACACUCCCCUGAAUGCUACUCUUUGAUUCGAUCGCUUUCACCUCAGCAAUCCACAUUGUACCAAUCAUAAAAAGGGUUGUUUAAUUGCAAAGCAGUUGAGUUACUGUAAGAUUAACAAAAAAUCAUGCAAAUUGCCAGGAAAUGAAAGAAAACUAAAUUGAAAAUGAUAUAAUAUACUUGGCUGAUUGGGAACAAACACAUGCAUAUCUGAAGAAGGAUUGAAGAAGUACCGAAAAUGACUUUCACCUUUUUUUAAUUUGGCUAGCUUUCGAGUGGGAUUCGUGGUCUAUCAUUUCCAUAGGGUUAUACAUCAAACCAUACAUCAAACUAUAAACCAAAAAAUGAUGUGAUUAAGAAUACUUGGAAUAUGAAUAGACAGUUAUUCUUAGCGAAUGCAAAUAUGUACCAGUAAAAUCUUUUCUGAUUUAAAUGUAAGAAAUGUAUAUCAUUAUCACACAGAUGUCAAUGCUACCAAUACUAGCAAAACAAUUGAAUACUUAGGAAUGUUAAAGAGCUAUUGCGCAUUCUUUUCCGUAUUUUGUUUAAUCAUUCUAGUGUCUCUUAUUUCAAAUCCAAUGAGCAUGUGCUCCUUAUCAGGACUGCCCUUGGCAUCGGAUAUACAAUACUUGUUAGUAUAGGAUGACGGCAUCCUGUCGAUGAUAAUGCUAUAAUUGCUAGGACAUUAAUGUGGUAUAACCAGUUGUGGUAGCUCAUUCAAUAUCUUUGGUCUUAGAUAAAAAAAGACCGAACACCACAUUCACUGAUCAUAGGUCAUGCUGUACAAUUGAGGAGGGGGUUUGGGAGUAUAAGUUUUCAUUAGUUUCGUCGUUCAAUUUAAACAUUAAUAUCUAAAAAUACGUAAUAACUUACUUUAUUGAGAAUUUAUUGUUGUAACCCACAAGAAUCUGCUCGAUCAAAUAAAUCUGAUAAUUGAUUA